GAGACUUUAAUUGUGUUGGAUGCCCGAAUGAGAGAGUGGGUCCUACCCCUCCCUCGGCUUAUAACAUGCAACAUUUAAAUGAUUUUAAAGUGCAAACUAAUCUUGUUGAUUGUCCAUCCACGGGCCAAUUCCUUACUUGGAAUAGGGGCUCGCUUUGGGCUAAACUAGAUCGAGUUCUCAUUAAUUCCUUUUGGUCAACUUUGGAUAUUGAGUGCAAAACACAUUUUCAUGACUUCGAACUUGAAUCCGAUCAUGUAGCUUCCAUGGUUUCCAUUGGGGAAACUUGUGGGGCUGCCUCUCGGCCAUUUAAAUUUUUUAAUAUGUGGCUAAACCACGAAAAUUUCAAUGCCAUCCUCACUACCCAUUGGGAUAGAGAGGUUUAUGGAAGUUCUCAAUUUAUUUUAGCCAAGAAAUUGAAGGACCUUAAAAAACCACUUAGGGAACUCAACAAACUUCACUUUGGCCACAUUUCCGAAAGAGUUAAGGACUCCAAGAAAGAGUAUAAAAGGCUCCUUGGGCUUUCUAUACUCUCUCCUUUGGAUGAAACUAUAAAGGAAGAACUUUUAUUGAUUAAGAAAAAACUUCUUAACCUUAAAGUAGCCGAAGAAGAUUUCUUUAAGCAAAAGGCCAAGGCAAAUCAUCUUGUUCAAAGUGAUAAAUGUACUAAAUACUUCCAUGCUAUUGUGAAAAAGAAUAUGGCUAGAAAUUCCAUUACGGCUUUAAAACUCCAAAAUGGGAUUUCUACCACUUCUAUUGACCAAGUUGCUACGGAAUUAGUGAAUUUUUAUACUAAUUUAUUUGGUGCCUACUACCCCACUUCCGGGUUGGACCCCUCUGUGGUGGCCUCGGGUAGAUGUUUACCCGCCUCUGCCACUCCUGGCUUGGUUGCUCCUAUCACCGAUUUGGAAAUCAAAGAGGCCUUGUUUGAUAUUGGUGAUAACAAAUCACCGGGGCCGGACGGUUACACAUCCGCGUUUUAAAAAAAAAAAUGGAACACCGUUGGUUUUGACUUUACUAGGGCCGUGAGGGGCUUCUUUGGCUCUGGCAGGUUAUUAAAGCAAACUAAUCAUACGGUUAUUGCUUUAAUACCUAAGACCAAUCACUCUCCCACACCGGCGGACUUUAGACCAAUUGCUUGUACUAACGUGGUCUACAAAGUCAUUACCAAAAUUAUUUCUAAGAGGAUGAUCCCGUGUCUACCGGACCUCAUUGACCACGCCCAAGGGGCGUUUGUUGAUGGAAGACUUAUGAUUGAUAAUGUCUUCGUUGCACAAGAAUUGAUUAAGGGAUACUCUAGGAAACGUGCAUCUCCUAGAUGUAUGAUAAAGGUUGACCUCCGGAAAGCCUACGAUACUAUAUCCUGGGAUUUCCUGGCUACCAUGUUAACCCAUUUGGGCUUCCCGGGCAGAUUUAUACAUUGGAUUAUGGAGUGUGUCACCACACCUUCCUAUUCCAUAUCUAUUAAUGGGGUGCUUCACGGCCACUUUGAGGGUAAGAGAGGGCUUCGGCAAGGGGAUCCUAUGUCCCCCCUCUUAUUUGUCUUUUGCUUGGAGUAUUUUUCCAGAUUGUUGAACAUUAGGACCAAAAAUCCUAUGUUUAAACAUCACCCCCUGUGUGGAUCCCUUAACAUAUCACAUGUGGCAUAUGCUGAUGAUUUGAUGCUUUUUUCUAGAGGGGAUACCACAUCUAUACAGAUUCUCACACAGGCCCUGGAAGAUUUUGGUAACAUAUCUGGCCUUAGGGUCAACUAUGAUAAAUCAAAUAUCUUCCUUGGUGGUAAUGCAUAUUAUGACCUUGACACUAUACUAGAACUGGUGGAUUUCAAAAUUGGUACAUUCCCGGUCAAAUAUCUAGGGGUCCCCCUGGCACCCUUAAAAUUAUCUGUGGCCCAGUAUGCACCACUUUUGGAGUCCAUAACUACUUUCAUUAAUGCUUGGAGUAUUAAGUCUUUAUCUUAUGCAGGCAGAGUUGAGCUGAUAAAGUCAGUUAUACAGGGAGUGCACUCUUUUUGGUUACACAUGUUUCCCAUCCCUAAUGUUAUUCUUGAUAGGAUUACAUCCAUCUGUCGCAUUUUUCUUUGGGGAAGCAAAUUCGCUAGGGUUGCCUGGGCUGAUAUUUGCCUCCCUAAAGAAGAGGGUGGACUUGGCAUACACGACACGAAAGUUUGGAAUAAGGCUUUACUUUCAAAAACUUUUUGGGAUAUACAUACUAAAAAGGACACACUUUGGGUCAAGUGGGUCCAUGGGGUUUAUCUCAAGGGUAGGUGUGUGUGGGAGUUUGUCCCACACGAAAGAGAUUCACAAUUGUUUAAAAAGAUUGCACAAAUCCGAGAUGAAAUACUCUCCAAAUUCCAGGACAUCCCGAGUGCUAUACUUGGCUUAAGUGCUUUUCAAAUGAAUGGUAAGCUUGUAUCCUCCAAGGUUUAUGAUUUGCUUAGGCCUAGGGCUGCCACCCGAGUGUGGAUGCCGUUUAUUUGGAAAGACUACAUCCCUCCCAAGUUUUCCUUUGUUACUUGGUUGGCAUUCCGUAACAGAUUAGCCACGUGUGAUAAUCUUCAUAGAUUAU